GCCAGUCAUAUAAAGGCACCUGGUGCCGGCCGCUCCCCAGUCCCAGCCGGUGGAUGCCCCACGAUGAGGCCACUCCUGGUGUUUCUGCUUCUGGCUGCUCUGUGCACUGACCUGGCCCGGGCCCUUCACUGUCACGUGUGCUGUGGCCACAAGGACUGCGAGUCUCUGGUGGAGUGCGCCCCAACUGACAAGUACUGUGUGAUCACGCAGGCCACAAACCCUGGUGGCAUCCUGGUCAUGAAGUCCUGCUCCCCGGUGUGCCCCAACAGCACAAUGUCCUCGGACGGCCGCACCCUCUCUGUCUCCUGCUGCCAAGGCAGCCAGUGCAACCGCAACGCGGCCGCGGGCCUGGCGGGCAGCCACGGGGCUCUGUGGCUCAGUGCCUCCGUCAGCCUGCUGUGGGCGCUGCUCCGGGCGGCCUGCUGAGCCCACGCUCCACGGGCGGGCCCGGCUCUCACCCGGCCCCUCGCAGGCCGUCGCCAGCCUGCCCCGCUCCCCGCACUCGGCCACGCAGGCGGGAAGAGUCCCUGUCUCCCUGCUUCCCCCGGGGCCGCCCGGCCCCCUCCUCAGGCUCCCACCCCGGGGCGGGAAGCCCCCCUACCUCAGGGAACCCGCCUCUGAGGGACCCUCGGCCCUCUCCCGGGGUCCCGGCCCCCCGGUCCUCCCUGACACCCUCCACCCCAUUGCGGGGCCUCCCACGGGGGCUCCUCCCACUCUGGCCUCGAGUGCCCGGAUCCACCACGCACGGGGCAGGCGGGUCAGAGGUCUGGGUGUCCCCUGCACCAGCCACGCCUGUGCUCCCCUGUGCACCGACCCGCCACUCCUUCCACGGCUCGCUCAUACCUCAGGGGCGAAUUCGCUCCGCACAAGCACCCACCCCCGGGCCUCCUGGGAGCCAGGCACCCCGAGAGAGCCCACAGGGCCACCCCAGGUCAGCACGUGGGAUGAGGGCUUCCAGGAGGCCGCCUCGCCCCCACCCCCAGUCCCUGCCAGCGAAGGCAGGCCUGUUCAUGGUCCCCUGGCUGCCGCUGUGGGGGCAGAAUCCGUGUGGGGCCUGUGUUCUCACUGGGCUGGGGGGCUGGCCCGCCCCCCACCAGAGGCGCCCGCGGCAAGGCCUCCUCCUAGGAGCUCGUGGAGGAGAAUAAAGCUGUACAUCCUG